UGGCUGGUGAGCGCGCUGGCCUACCACUACGGGCUGGACCGCGGCGUGGAGAACGAGAUCGUGGUGCUGGCCACGGGUCUGGACCAGUACCUGCAGGAGGUCUUCCACCACCUGGACUGCGCCGGCGACGGCCGCCUGCCGCGCGAGGACUUCCAGACGCUGUGCCACGUGCUGGGGCUGCGGGCCGGGGCCGAGGAGGGCGCGGUAGGACUGCGCAAGAGCCAUGCUAGUCAUAAGAAGGAUGGGACUUGUUUCAUAGGUAAGACACUAUUAACUCAGAACCACUCCCAGUCCACCAGGUGCAUUCAGAGUGUCCUUAAGGAAGUGGAACUACUUCGGAGUUCCAGAGAUGGACAAAUUGAAGAAGCAAUUAGGUUUAAUCAGGAAUUGGAAAGAGAGUUGAGGAGUUCUCAGGAAGCAAUAGUUACCUUGGAAGACUGCAACCGUAACCUAAAGAAGGAACAGGCAGAAAUGAGGAAGAAAGUUGAGGAAGCCAGAUAUGCGGUCCUGAACAGUCUUGGGAAAGUGAAGGAAUUAGAAGCAAAAGCCAAUGAAGUACCACAGCUGCAAACACACAUUCAGCAGCUAGAAUCAGAACUGCAGUAUUACAGGUCAGAGGUCAUGAAGCUCCAGCUUCCUUCUAGAAGCAGCAAAGAGCAGAAUGAGGGGGCAGCAUUACCAGACAGAAAACUCUGUUUAUCUGUUGUACAUCAAGAUCGAGGAUCGCCUGCUGGAGGGGCAGGGAUUUCAGAGAACGUAGAAGAUCAGAUGUUCCGUUCUGUGGAGGGCCAGGCUGCCUCUGAUGAGGAGGAGGAGAAGUGGACAGGGGAGCAGCCAUCUCAGGUGGCUGAAGUGAAGAAGCUACUGACCAGACUUCCUUGUUGUGGCAGUGGAUGUGAUGACAAAAUGCUGAAGAAGUUGAUGUCUUAUUUUGGAGAUGCCAAUAAUGAUUGUCAUGAGAAUGCCACUGUAGAACUGGUAGAGAGAACUGUAAAAUUGACUGAGCAGCCUGAGCAUAAAGGAAAUGACGUGAAAACAUUGGAAACUAAUGUGGAAGAGAUGAAAGGCCCAUUGCUAGGUGAGUUGCAACAAAAAGUGGAGGAGACGGAAUUGUUGAAGAUGGAGCUACAGAUGUUGGAGACUGAAAGAGUUAGACUGUCACUGGUGGAAGAAAAGCUCAUGGAUGUUUUGCAGCUUCUUCAACAACUUCGAGAUCUGAACAUAUCUAAGCGAGCCUUGGGAAAAAUCUUGCUGAGCACUUUGGAAUCCUGCCAGGACAACCAACAUGGAAAAGCCCAUAUAUUUGAAGUCCUAGAUACUCUCUACCAGGAGUUGGCGGCAUGUGAACUCUUACAAAGCCAGUCUCUUGAGAAGACCCAGAGCCACCAGUCUCUGUCUAACCCACUGGUCAUCUCUUGCUGAGCAACAUUACCAUCUACAGCUCUUCAUGACUGUUCAGACAAUGAUAUUUAAACAGAGAAUGGAAGAAUGAGAUUUGCCAUAUUCAAAGGAGUUCAGUAAAGGAGAAAAGCAGUACAAUUAAAUCAUAAAAUCCCAGGUAUGCUGCACCUCUAACGCCUCAGCUAAUUGCAACACAGUCCUUUAUUUCGAAGAGCGUUCACAUGUCAUGAGGAUUACUUAAUGAUGCCUAUCUCUGAAGCCUAACAACUGCCACAUUCUGGCAUUCUAAUUGUACCAGCUCACCAAAUAAAGAGCAUGCCAGAUGCACUGGCAAGCCUAAUAUACAGUUUCAACUCUGAUAAUAGAUUAGCUGGAAACAGUUUUUAUCUUUUGUGGUAAAUGAAUUAGUUCAUUCAAUAGUGAAAGUGUCUGCGUAACCACUAGCAAAUAUGUUUUCUUAAGGUAUAAGAGACAAAAUGACUGUAUUAUAAGAUAUAUACGCACCGUUAUAAGCCAGUAGGGCAGGCUAAGGACCUAUACACAAGUGUGUCUAUCCAUCUAUGUGAUCAUGGUUAUACAUCUUAUUUAACUCUAAUUCAGAGCUGUUUCUGAUCCUCUGGAUCUUUAUUUGUAACUAUGAACAAUUUAGACAUGUAAUUACACUUUGAUAUCAAUCAGCAACUAUCUGACUCUAAUCUUAUAUUUUAUAUUAAAUAUUAUGUUUAACUGCUUGAACAAGUGCCAAGUGAUCUUGUUUGCCUGACUAUCAAGAUGGAAAAGGCUGCAAAGAUGGAGAGCUUCAUCUCACACCGUCACAGAUUCCAUCAUCCAACCAGCAAGUGAUAUACUGAUGCAGCUUUCCUAUAUCAUCUAAUUACCCUGAAUGAGACUAUUGAUAUAAAGCAAGGUCUUAUCUGCAGGCAAAACAAAUUUGAAGGAAGUAAAAUGCUGGACAUACUUAUGAAAAGUGCCUAAUAUUUAGUCAAUAAUAAGAUCAGGACAAAAGUAAGUCCAAAAGCUGCUGCCAAGUUAUUACUCCUACUUAAAUAAGCUAAAAGGCAGAAGUUCUUAACACAGUCUACUGAAUUUGCAUAGUUAAAAAAAUAGUUGUUCUAUAGCUGUUUUGGGUGCAUAUAAAGAAUUUGCUUUGCCUGAGAUAAUUUAGGCAAUAAAAUGUGGGUAUUUCAAAAUAAUAUAUACUUGAAACCAUCUCUGCACUGGUUUUCCCAUAAGAAAAAUGAUUCAAGGCCCAACCUCAUUUACUUUUUGUAAUCCUUCAUAUGCAUACACCAUUAUGUUUAUUCAUGCAAAUCAGAUCUACAUAUACAUUUAAUUACCGAGUAUUGUGUAUCAUUUAGAAACAUGCUUAUGACAACAGUUUGCAAUAGAACUUUUCAUUUCUUUUGGGGGAUAAAAAAGGGGAGUGGAAAAAGUGGGCCAAAUUCUGCUUGUUGAAUUGGUUCUCUGGAUUUAUACUGAGAUUAUAGAACAAAAUUCAGUAUAGUAAAUAUGUAUUUACAUUACAGAUAUACAUUAAUGUUAGAUUAGACUUGGAUUGACAGGCAGUCAUGAUGUAGGAGUCAUAAGGCAAUAACAAAUUAAAUAGAAAUGUAACAAUAAAAGAUCAAAUAGCAA